GGCGCCACCAAACACACACGAGUCUAGCUUUCACACUAUCUCUAUCUGCGAUAUUUCACGGUUUUGGAAAUGGCGACAGUUCCAGGGCAAUUGAUAUGGGAGAUUGUUAAGACCAACAACUGUUUCUUGGUCAAACAGUUCGGAAGAGGAAACGCUAAAGUUCAGUUCAGCAAAGAAAAGAACAACCUCUGCAACCUUAACUCCUACAAGCACUCUGGUCUUGCGAACAAGAAGACUGUGACCAUCCAGCCAGCUGACAAGGAACAAGGUGUUGUUCUCGCCACCACCAAGACCAAGAAGCAGAACAAGCCUAAGGUCUCUGUCAACAAGUCUAUCUUGAAGAAGGAAUUCCCCAGGAUGUCCAAGGCUGUUGCUAACCAGGUAGUAGACAACUACUACAGGCCAGACUUGAAGAAGUUCGCUCUUGCUAGACUCAGUGUCAUCAGCAAAAGCAUUAGGGUUGCCAAGUCCGGUGCCAAGCAAAGAAACCGUCAAGCUUAAGCUUUUUCCAGAAUAUGUUUUUCCAGAAUAUGUUUUUUGGAAGUAAAAGAUUUUGCUGAACAUGUUUUAUCUUAAGUUGUUUUGUUUUUGUUGAAUCGUAUAACACUGCUCCUUUUCAUUAUCCUUUUUCAAAAGAACUUGGAAGAUUUUAUUAUGUUUCUUGUGUGCUUUUGUUAGAUCUAUUUUAUCAAAUCAACAACUUGAUAAAACCUCAAUUGUUCUAGUCCAACGAACUUGUCUGUUUCGGUGCCGAAGGUAAUUAAUGAUAAUACUUGCUUU